UCUUAUCGCUCCCGAUACAAUGGCGAUGCUGAACGUGAGUGCGCUGAUCACGGGCUACGACACGGUGGGAGACCACACCGAGUUCAUCGUGGAGAUCUCGUGCAACGGCGGCUUGUGGAGAAUCUCGCGACGUUAUAGCGACUUUGACCAGCUGCAUUCGCGUCUGGUACGGCGCUUCGGAGACCUCAUCGAGGUGUCACUGCCAGAGAAGCAGUGGUUCGGCCGGUUUGAUCCCAACUUUCUGAUAAAGCGUCAGGCGAGUCUCCAAGAGUAUAUCGAUGGGCUUCUGCAGGUGCCCGGUAUUCUGGACGAUGCGUCGUUGCAGCACUUUUUGGAGCUAGAGAAGCAUUUGGACUUGCACAAUGAGUUGGGUAUGGGCGGCACAGGCAGCAACGGUCGAUCCAGCGGUAUGUGGUCGGGUAAAGGCGUGUUGAGUGAGAACGAUCGCCUUAGUGGCAUCGUGGAGAAUGCGGCUCAAGCUUUCAUCGACAUAAGUGAAGUCCCCGAGCCGCUGGAAGCCGAACAAGCUGUACAGCGUAAGAACGAGAUCGUGACAGCGUCUCAGAGUCUUCUAAACGAGCAGAAACUGGGCGAUCAGUUCACAGCGCAACUCACGACGUUGCGUCUGCCUCGUGCUCAAGCGCAGAUACCGAACGAGGAGAUACUGUCACGUCUUGACGGGGACAACGAGGAUGGCUUGACGUAUGAACAGGAACAGGAAUUCCUCUAUGGGAUCCUGGAGACCUUGGAAGCCUCGCUUCAUAUGGACAUCACGCCGCCGUCCGUGGACUUAUUAGCGGUCAUGACUGUAUCGACGACUCCAAAGACGCCUGCUAUCGGGUCGAAUGGCUCAUUGCCCAGUGGAAAUGGCGCACUGGAAGCGGGAUCGCUGGACGACCGAAGCAGUCUCGGCAAUGGAUCCUUCAGCUGAAAUGGAUAGCAACUGAACCUCACUAUCGAUACACCAUCUCUCUUCAUCGACAAAGUCUUUUCUCUUUUUUUUACUAACGUUACUGUAAUGAACGUGGUGAUUGUGUAGCCAGGAUGAGGUUUG